GACGUCGUCUCGCGCAUGCGCAAGAAUCAUCGCGCUUCCGGUACCGAGAGCAGAGACUCCGCCAUGGGCAAGAAAAGAAAGAAGUCCGCCGCCGACGUAGAUGACUUUAUUAGCCAAAACCGAGCCGUGGCCGACCAAGUAGAGACAUACCGAGGCUACUGGGAGAGCGACAAGCAUUGGGAGCCGCGGAGGGAGUUCAUCCUGCGGAACAUGGACCAGUAUGAAGCCCAGUUGAACCAGUUGCUUUCUCUGUCGAUGGUGUGGGCCAACAACGUCUUCCUCGGCUGCCGGUAUAGCACAGAGCUCCUGGAAAAAGUGAAGGGAAUGGCUGACGGCAUCGAGGUGGAGGAUGCUCCCGUUUUCACGAUGAGAAAUGAGAUCGUGGAACAGCAACAGGGCAGAUGACCGCUUCCUCUUGCUUUUGGAACAUCCAGUCAACUACCCAGUGCUUUAUCAUCCGUUGACUGAAUUCAUUGUUAACGCUGGGUACACUUGCUGUUUUGUGACUUCAUUUUGCUUUCUUUAAUGCAUUUGUUCUUUUUUUAAUGAAUUGAUAUGGCUGACAAUGUCGUCCUUAUUGAAAUGAUGCCGUUGUUGGAAACCACCUGUAUCCAUCCAAUUCUAUCCCGCUUAUCGGGGUGUAUGCUGGAGCCUAUUCCAGCUGUCCAUCCUAUCCCAGCGCACAUAUAGACCAACAAGCAUUCCCACCCACAUUCAUACCUAUGGAUGUAGUUUCUUCUGCUCUCCUCUCACUUUUGGAGCCAUGGUCUUCAACCGUUGACCAGCUGAUAAACAGCUGGUUUCCCUUGAAUUGCUCUUUUCAAUAAAUGACUUUUUCUAAGUGC